GAGAACGAAGAGGGGGAGAGUUAUACGUGUAAGGAGCCGCAGUGUGUACACGCCGAACUCCGAGGAGGCUUGACUGGCGUAUACUGCUCCGUGACCGCAUCGGUGCCGGUCCCCACACUCACAGACGCUGCGCUUGAGAGGACUGCGAUCGUACAGUAUGUCGCGGAGGACAAGUCGACGCUUGACGAAUAGAAUAUCGUAGUUUCUGGCAUCCAGAGCAGAAUAACUGGACGCCAAAAUGGUGCUGUCACCUGGAAAGGGGGAGCAUGACGACAUGAGUGCUGAGGUCCGUUCUGGGCGGGUGACGAUCCAAUCAGAGAGUGACGGGGAUUAUCGAGGCGACAACGGCCGCUGCCUCUGGGCCGAGGCCAGCUCCUCGUUGUGCAGUCCUGCAUUCGAUUUGACGUGCUGCAGAGCCCAGCUGGAGAGGACUGGCUUCCAGAUUCCUGUUGAAGAUUUUGAAAUCCCGCUUGGGAAAGCAUUGGAUGCCCCUCCUGUACGAAGAUACCUUUUCUUCAGCUCUUCUAUUUCACAUUUCUUCAUAGCAGUGGCGGUGUACGUGGUGAUGUGGUGUGGCUUGUACUCAACUGUACACCUAUACUUUGGCUUCUACCUCUCGGAUUUCUGGAUCCUCUGUUUUGCCGUCACACUGCUGUCCGUGAUUGUCACGUCUGUGAUCAUCUUUGUCCUCUAUCACAGCAACAAACAGAUCAACAUUAACACAGAUGUCAGGCUGAUUCAGGUGAACGAGAGGCUGGUCAGACAUGGAUUAUUGGUGGGUCUAGCAGAUUGGGUGCAUCACUGUGUUGGCGUACAACAGCUGUUCUUAGUGCACUGGGAUCUCUCACCCUGUCUGGGGGCUCUGACAGAAACCCUGGAGGAGAUGAGCUUCAUUAGGGAUGAAGUGCAGCACAAACUCAACAAGAAAAUGUCCCACCUCCUCCUCGCAACAAAAGUCACAAACUUGCAUGAAGAAGAUAGCUCAUACACUGAGGAAGGGGCUGAUGAAGAGCGCCCCCUAUUGGUGGAGAAUGAACAGGGCUCUGGUAGUACUCCUAUUACCCAGAGGGAGGAUAUAAAACUCACCAAGGAUUACAGCCUUGUACCAGACUGCAACCUCCCCAUCCAGGAAACAGCAUACCGUCUCUUGCUGACGUACAGCGCCGCCUAUGUCAGGCUAAUGGUGUCCAAGAGGCUUCCCAUGUCAUCACAGCGCCCCCUAUCCUCCAGGAGGGCUCACUGCAGCAAUGCCUCCCUUUGCCUCUGUCAGUAUGUUUGCAAAAAAGUAGACAUAGGCAGAGGGCACAGCAGGAGGGAGUAGGAAUAACAAGAACAGGGCCAGCCAUCAUAUUUGGACAGUGGGAGGCUGGAAAAGUAUCUAAGAUGGAAAAGGAAGCAAUCUGCUUUUCCUUGUACAGUAUGUAUUUUUGGAAAUGUCCAUAAAAAAAUUGUCAUAAGUUGAGCAGAAAUACCUUUAUCUGAUUGGAGGGUUUAAAGUAUCUGAAGGUUUUAUACAUUAAUAUAACAGUAAUUUAUGUCAAUACCUUUCUCCAGUGAUGCACUGAUAUGGAUGAGAGAUUGCUCAGAGUA